AUGGCCGAAGGUUUGUACCAGAUACAGCGAGGCCGUGGGCUGGAAACUAGUUGCGGUAGAUGGUGGGUACUGAAACGGCGAUUGGGCAAGAGCGGCGAUGGCGCCAAGCCGAAACAGUCACCUAAACACAAGAUUGUCGCAGCAGGUGUCUCCAACGGCUUAACAGCUGCGCAUCAUCAUUCAUGUACCGUCUUGAAGUUGUCGCCUGGGUUAGCCAUCAUCUCAGGCAGCCGUCUCAUGUUCCGCAGGCAUCUCGAGCGUUAG